AAAAGAGUCUGCGUUAGAUGUGUUGGACCUUCCAGUGAGAUUAGAAUAUGGUCGUUUAGGUACAAAAAUUNAUAUUGAAAAUCCCAUUCAAAGAUAUGUGGAACGGUCAAAUUGAUGCGAUAGUUGAGGAACUGUUUAUAUUAGUAGUGCCUACAAGUCAAGUUUCGUACAAUGAAGAUAAAGAAACGAAAACACAAUUGGAAGCGAAACGAGCGGAACUCGCGAGAGUGGAAAAAAGGAAACAAUUAGCAGAGAUAAAAUCGCAAGAAAAACUGGACGACUCGAUGGUCGAGAAGUUAGUCGCUCGCAUGAUCAAGAAUAUUCAUGUGGAGAUCAAGAGAAUUCAUGUGCGGUACGAAGACCACGUUACCUUCAAAGAUCAUCCGUUUUCCUUUGGCUUUACGCUAAAUACCUUCGUCCUUGAGAGUUGUACAGACUCCUGGGAGACCACUGGCAAUUUGAAGGACAUGUAUGUCAUUCCACAAAUCUUCAAAUUGUGCAAUCUGGAUGGAUUGGCUGCCUAUCUCAAUACAAGCGUGGAGCAAUACAGCAAGAGCUCGCAGUCCUUGUAUACCAAUCUCUUUUGUAGCGGUAUUGCAACUAUGGACUAUACUCCAAUAGGCUACCAAUAUUUAUUAGGACCAAUCAAUGUCAAGUCUAAACUCAGGCUUAAUCCCAAGCCCGAGUCUGACGGUAGUAAUUAUACCAUCCCGAAGGUAUGGUUGGAUCUAGAGAUGCAAAAAUUACGGAUUGGUUUAACGAAGCGUCAGUAUCAGACCUUGGUACGGUUGGGAGAGGGUUUGGAUCAGGCACAGAAAGCCGCACCAUAUCGAAAAUAUCGACCGAAUUUGAAAUUAUAUCGCGGUCACUACAAGGAAUGGUGGCGUUUCGCAUAUACCUGCAUCCUUGAGGAAACCGUGCGACGGUGUCAUCGCAAUUGGAACUGGGAUCAUAUGAAGCUUCAUCGCGAUACUUGCCGCGCCUAUGCCAAGGUCUAUCAGAUUAAACUGACAACGAAGAAACUAGCAAAAGAGAUCGAGGAACGGUUGACAAACUAUGAAAGGAAACUAGACAUCUUCAACUUGGUGAUUAUCCGACAGCAGAUCGAGAUGGAAGUUGAGAGACUGGCAGAGCGGGAGAAGACUCUGAAAGCGAAUCGAGGUUGGUUCGGUUUCCUGUGGACCAAUUCGCAGGUCGAGGAGACGAAGGAGCUCAACUCUGCUGCAGCCAUUAUGCGCAGGUUCGAAGAAGCGAUGACACCACAGGAGAAGGAGAAACUCUAUCGGGCGAUUGACUAUCAGGAGAACUCCGCGCCCACGCAUUAUCCAGAAACAUAUGAGAUGAUCGACACACAUUUCCUUUUACAUGGUCUGCAAAUUUCUCUACUGGACACGGACAAGGAGCAUUCGUGUGUCUUAGACCUGCAGCUACAUGGCGUACGAGCUGGCUUCAAGUCACGACCAUCCGCGAACGCGAUCCUUAUCACUGCUUCUAUUAGCGACAUGAAAUUACUGGGCGCAACACAAAAUGGUCGGGUGCCCUCGCUCUUCAUCCCAGAACAUGGUAGCUCUGACUGCGCAUUGCUGUCGGUCUCUUACGAGAAGAAUCCGCUCGAUAGGCUGUGCGGUGAUCGUGUAGUCGUCAAGUCCCGAUCUGUCGACAUCAUUUAUGACGCGCAAACUAUUAAAGAGCUAGUCGACAUGUUUAAGGUGCAAGACUCUUCCACGCUGAGUCAGCUGCAAACAGCCGCGGCAGAACAAUUGGAAGGCCUGAAGGAAAUGUCGGCACUCGGAUUGGAAUAUGCUAUAGAAAAGCAUUCGAUAUUGGACAUACAAGUGGAUAUGCAGGCAUCACAACUUAUCAUACCGCACGGAGGUCUCUAUGAAGACUCGAAAGCAUUGAUUGUUGUAAACUUAGGCAGUCUAAAGAUGCAUUCUUUGGAAAAGGGCAAGAGUGACUUGGCUGGGGUUAGCGUUAGACAGUUGGUUAGCAUGGGCAAGAGCGAGGAGGAAGUAUUGUUGCAUCUAAGAGAGCACAGCUAUGAAAAAUUUGUUUUGAAGAUAGUUAACUUUCAGAUAUUGGUUUCGCUACCGAAUGAAGAAUGGCGAUCAGCCUUGGCAAAUACCGAGAGUUCUCUGACGUUACUCCAUCCAACUACAUUGGAAAUUCAAUUCCACAAGUGCCUAGUGACGGACGAUCCUUUGUUGCCGAAAUUACGGCUCCUCGGUCACCUACCUUCAGUUACAGUGAACAUAUCGGAUGUUCGAUUGCUUCAGGCGCUCUCAAUCGCGCAGAGCAUUUCUCAGGAGGAAAAACCUGGAGAGUUGCAGCGUACCUCUCUCUCCAAGUCCAUUUCGCAGUUAUCACUGAAGGAACUGGGCACUACAAUAUCCAACAUCGCUGACAAAAGAAAGCAGCAACAAGCAACAGCCACUGCACCAAUAAAGCAGACCACUGACUUGGAAAUGAAAUUCGAAAUGAAGGAGUUUACACUGUCGGUUUCCAGACAACGAGAUAAUGUCACGGUACCCUCGGAAUUUAUCAGAUUCCAGGUGUUGCAGCUGGAGGCGGAAAUGUUACAACGUACGUACGAUCAAGAGGUGCAGUUGAGACUGGGUGGCGUGCAGAUGCGGCAACUAUACGAGGGUCAGGAGAUCUUCAUGGUCAAUACACCGAUGUCGGCCGGCGGAGACGAGUAUUUGAUCAUCAUGCGAUAUGUAAAUGUAAACAAGCGCUCGCCGGAGUUUAUUACGCGCCACGGUUCUGUCGUGAAAUUGCUUCGACUGGAAUUCACCUCACUGGACAUAUUGUUACAUCAAGAAGCUCUUAUCGAGCUGCUGCGAUUUAGCACGUACAUUCAGGACUCAAUGAACUCACUCGAAGAUAUUCAGAAGAAAGAAACCAAACAUUCUCGACCGAUCCGUUUAACCUCUAUUCAGGAAGAAACUUCUGGUUUUCUCAAAGAACAAUUACAGAAACAAAGAUUGAGACCCACCGGACGACGUAAAAAACAAACUGUUGAAUUCAUCGAUCUAAAAGUAAAUGCCAAGAUUGGCUCGAUUAAUCUGAAGAUUUCCAGCACCACCCGAGACAUUACCGCGUUCUAUAUUGAAGGCAUCAGCGCCAGUUUUCUCAGCAAGUCUUCGUAUUUGCAAGUGAAUGCUGAUUUGACUUCUGUCAGUAUUAAAGAUCUGAAUCCUGUUUCUAUGUACAAGGAUAUAGUGACUGUGGAGGGUACUGAGUCUUUACAGAUCCAAGUGGUAAUGUAUAACAUCGAGGAAUGGGAAAGAGACAAGAACAACAUGUCUGUCAAGAUAUCGAUGGGUUGCCAUCGCAUUGUCUUUUUGAAUGCAUUCGUCACCAGUGUUAUGAAUUUCCUAAACAAUUUCCAAAUGGCGCAGAAAGCUAUCAAAGAUGCAUCGGCGGCGGCAGCAGAAGCUGCGAAGACUAACAUUAAGGAUGUCCAACAAAGUGCCUCACGCAUCGAGCUAAAUGUUAGGAUUAAUGCACCCAUUGUAUACGUGCCGAUGAGCUCCAAGAACGAGCAUAGCUUAAUGCUAGACAUGGGCAAUCUUAUGAUAUAUAACAUCUUCAAAAAGCUGGAUAUAAUGAACGAGGAAGUCGAUGAAUAUCCCGUGGUUGAUGAAAUGAAAAUCGAGUUGCAGAACUUGAAAUUAUCUCGAGUUCGACUGAACACAAAACAAUUCAUCAGCGAGAACGAGGUAUUGCUGCUGGAACCAGUAACGUUUACGCUACUAAUAAAACGAAAUCUUUCUACCGCCUGGUUUACUUCUAUUCCGGACAUCGAUAUGUUUGGUAGAUUGAACAAGAUCAAUCUACUGUUGAGUAAAGAGGAUUACGUUACAGUUCUGAAAGUGCUGGAGCAGAAUCUGGGCGAGACUUUUGAAGACUCCAAACCUGUGCAAGCUGUGCCAUCCGCUGUGAAAUCCGAAUACAGUGGAGACCUUGAGAUUCAACCGGUCUACAAGUACGAGAUCGACGCAUCGCGAGAAAUACCAUUGAUUGAAACACAGGAACGACACGCUCACACAUCCGUGAAGUUUGAGUUUAUUAUGGAUAGUCUGGUGAUCAAUCUCUUCACCGGCGGUUCUAAGUUAUUGCAGUCGCAGACGUCACCGAUGCAUCUGCCCGAGCAUGGACUGGCUCGUUUCAGUCUCACACAUUUUGCUCUGAAAGGCCGUGUAUUUGCAGACGGUUUACUAGCUACAUCGAUUCUUCUAAUGAAUUGCACGCUAGAUGACAUGCGGCAGAGUCGAGAGGGCUCGCUGGUGCGAAUCAUGGAAAGGACCAGCAGCGUGCCAUUGUCAAGGCCAAGUGAGGAUCAUCUCGAAGAACACGUCAAAUAUAAUGCCAGGAGUAUGUUGGACGUGACAGUGCGCCAAAGCCCGAACGACACGUUCGCCGACGUGCGAGUGUUCUCUUUCAGCAUCAUUGUCUCCCUCGAUUAUCUUAUGAAAAUCAAGGAUUUUUUUGAUGUGAAUGAAUUGAACAAGACGGCUGUUACUUCUUCUUCGAAAAAUGAAUUGAUGGCACCAAAGAAAAAGCCGGCGCAGCAGCAAUCGGCCGCCUCGACACUCAAAAUGUUAACUGUGAAUCUACACGUGGAAAAGCCAGAUAUUAUCUUGCUCGAAGACAUGGACGAUAUCAACUCGAAUUGCAUAGUACUGAAUACAGAAUUGUUGCUGAAGGUGCGUAUUAUGGGAGAGCAUCAGGUGAUCUCGGGUUCUAUUAAAGAUCUCUCGCUACUGGCGGGGAUAUAUAAUCCUGCGAAGAGGGCUGACUGGAUCUAUCAGGUUUUGAGGCCAUGCAGUAUUAGUGUAGCCGGUUCUACGCCAGAGGGAAAAGGGCUCCAUUUAGAAGUUCGUUGCACGGAUAUACACAUGUCUGUUUCGCCAGGUGUAAUCGAAAUAUUGAAUAAAGUCAUUCACACGGUGACAAAGAAAGAGGAAGAGGACAAGGAAGUCGUUAAACCUGAGCCUAAUUAUGAAGGAUUGUGGAUUGUUACACCUUUUGAAGAGAAUAAUUAUUGGUUUUUAAAGACAGAAGUUGCGAUGGAAGCAUUCGAAGAGUUUACGUAUACAGAUGACGAAGUUGCAGCACCUUAUAAGCCCGAAUUAGCUAUUAUCUCGGCGCCGACAAUUUUGUUUACUCUGGAGGCGGGUGUCGGCAACAAAACUUUGCCAAUGUUACUGCUUCAUGUAGGUUUCCAAAGCAACAUUAACGAUUGGAGCACAAAAUCUAUGAGCAUGGACUGCACGAUGUCGGUGAUAAUGUCGUAUUAUAACAGUUGCCUUGCGUUGUGGGAACCAUUGAUCGAACCAACAGAAAGCUCCACUAACGGUAAACGCGUCUCAACGCCGUGGGAAUUGAAAACGAAGGUUCAAUUUAAUGAUAUAAUGCUAGACUCCAGAGGCGCUAGUGCAGUCAGCCCUACUUCGGAGAGCGAAGUCGAAGAAUUACACCAGUCUACCAAGAUGUCUAUCGACAUUACGUCUUUUGAUAAUCUGGAGAUAACUGUCACAAAGACCUGUUUAGAUGUUCUAAAACAAUUGGGUCAAUCGUUUUCCUCGGCUAUGGAGGCCAGCGGGAAGGGUCCUACCAGAAAAGUGGCGCCGUAUGUGCUGAAAAAUGAGACCGGUCUGGCGAUAAUACUCGAUCUGGAGCACAGUUUCUUCAAGAUUUUUGAUGAUGGCUCGAUAAUAAAAGACCAUAGCAACUCAUAUAUGGAAGUAAUUCUCGAAACUGGUGCAUCGAUACAGCUUGCAUCUAAGACGUCCAAGCUACUUGACACGCGUCUGAUUGAACAGUUGAAAGUGGAGACCGUGAAAGACAAAGAAGAUAGUAAAUUCUCCAUAUCUUUUAAAGGCAUUCAAAGCAAAUUGGCGAUACCUGUGUUGAGAGCAGAUAAGAGAUUCUUCUCUUUAAAGCAUCGAAAGGAUGGUUCGGAAGAAUGGGGUAUUGUGUCAGAUAUUAUUGUGGAAGAAGGUAGUACGAUCGUCUCUCUGAGAAGCAUUCUUCAGGUCCACAAUCAUUUCGCGCAGCCGAUAUCUGUUUAUUACAUGACGAGACGUGGAAACGAGGUGGAGUGCGUGGGCACAGUAGCACCGGAUGAAAAACUUAAUUUACCUCUAGAUGCCGUGUAUACCCCGACCAACAUUUAUUGGCUGUUUUUCAGCGUCAGCGGAUAUAUGGUGUCAGUCGAACCAUUUGUCUGGAAGGAUCUGCAGAAAACUAUUUCCAUGACGAAAUUAUUGAAAUGCGAGUCGCGAUCUAAGCAAGAUUCUACAGAACCAUUUUAUAUACAGGCUGUGGGAGAGAUCGAGCAGGUAUAUUUUGAGAAUACUACUCGUCAUACUAUGGCUAGUACUGUCUACAAUGUACAUCUAUACCCGUCUAUAUAUCUGAAAAACUUUCUACCGAUCGACAUCAUCAUCUGUUUGCCUGGCACAGUUCAAGAAAACUUGCUCGAAGCAAGUGCCUCUAUGCAACUUCCUACAAUUGAUCUAACCAAGUCAAGCAUAAUAAUUAAGCUACCCAAUUAUCUGGAGAAGGAUUGGUCAUGCAGAGGCGAAAUCAUGGCGGAUCCACCAGAGUUCGCGGUUUGGUCGUUUGAGUCUUUCGACAGCGCGCAGAAAGUGGUUCUGGAUCUUGGAAUGCAUACGUCUUACAAACAUGGUUCGAUUGUCAUGGCGCUGUAUUGUCCCUUCUGGAUGCUGAACAAGACUGGUUUAAUGUUAUCCUAUAGAAAAUCAAGUAAGAUUGGCAAAGAGCACUCGAGUCCGAUAAAGAAAUUCGUUUCUGCUAUGAAACCUCAUCGACAACGCGCACAGUACAGGAAGAGGAAAACUCGCGCGACAGCAGAUGAUUUCUUGAAUAUCUUGUAUCAUCCAGAGCAUUUCAAGGGACCUAUUCUAUUCUCGUUCCGCUCCAAAGCUUUCUUUGGCAAGAAGAAAGCCAUGAUCAGAGUAGAAGAUGGAGAGUGGUCCGACAAAUUUUCCAUCGAUGUCGCGGGUAGCGAGGGUGUGGUGACCUGUAAAUACAAUGGAAUGAUAUAUCAGAUCGGAGUACACAAUCAGCUGACAUACAACUCGUUGACCAAACAGAUCACGUUUACUCCAUACUACAUACUUAUUAACAACGCAGAUUUUCUUAUAGAAUGCCAGGAAGGUGACCGACCAGCUGAUCCGAUGAUCAAAGUAUCUCCUGGUGAAUGCGCGGCACUGUGGCCUCGAAUCGAACAUGAUAACAAGACUCUAAAGGCUAAAGUCGCAAGUCAACCCGAGAAAACCGCGGCAUUUAUUUAUACCGACAGUCACACAACUCUGCUGAAAUUGGACAAUAAGUACGGAGGAAUCAAUAUAGAUGUCCAAAUCAACGAGGGUGGCGUUUACAUCUCCAUGUCGGCCUACGUCCCAGGCAACGCGCCAGCUAUGAUCAUCAAUCAUACGCCACAUACUAUCAAUCUAUGGGAAAAAGGUUCUCUCAACGUUAGAUCCGUGCAGUCAUACAAUAGAAUGUUUUAUACCUGGGAAAAUCCGGCAGGACCACGAAAACUGGUGUGGGAAGAUAACAAUGGCAAGGAAAUCGAGGAUAAUCUUCGCAAGGAUAAUCUCGGUACUUUCCAACUACCGGAAAUAGACGAGAAACUAUUUUAUGUUUCAUUCCUAGACGGUACUCAGAGAGUGCUGCUAUUUACUACAAAUUUAAAGAUUGCUGAAGAUUGUCAGCUUGCUGGUGAUCUGGAAAUAAUUGAUCAGGAAAUCACAUUGAACAUUCACGGCAUUGGAUUUUCUCUUGUGAAUAACAUCACCAAGUCCGAAUUGUUGUAUAUGUGCAUCGCCAGCUCAGGGAUCAUAUGGGAGACGCGUAAGUCGAUUGGCAGUCGAUGGCGAGCAUUAAGUGUUAAGGAAGUUAAUGCUAUCGAAGAGGGAUAUCAACGAUACAUUAGGGAAUUGCAAAUCGGCAAAAUGGACGCGGAUUAUCGGAUAAUGUUGGACCCAAAACUAAUGGUGGAUUAUUUAAAUAUGGAAAUGCUGAGGCCGCAUCGUAGAUACAUGAGACGCACCUUUCAAACUGGACUUUGGCUGCAAUAUCGCACUUCAGCGCAUCAGGUACAGCUGCAUGCAAAGAUCAACAAACUUCAGAUCGACAAUCAGUUGUCGGAGUGUGUUUUUCCAGUUAUAUUAGCUCCAGUGCCACCGCCAAAGAGUGUCACGCAGAGUACAGUCAUGAAACCUUUUGCGGAGCUAAGUAUGGUCAAGCGCCUAUUGGAGCACAGCACUGUGCAACAAUUCCGAUACUUCAAAGUUCUCAUACAAGAAUUUCAUAUCAAGGUGGACAUUGUCUUCAUAAACGCGAUAAUGGGCUUGCUCGAAGCGAACGAAGUCAACGACGCGGAAGAGAGUGCUUUAUUCCGUAAAGACAUGAAACUAGUCGAUGAACCAUUAAUGUACCAUGUCAGUUUGAUCACCACGGCCGAGCAGAAGAACUUUUUCGAUCUACUACACUUUUCGCCUCUCAAGAUACACAUCAGUUUUUCAAUGACCGGAAGCGGAGGAGGGCCCUCCGCAUUGCCGCAAGUAUUGAAUGUGCUUUUGCAAGGAAUUGGAGUAACGUUGACAGAUAUUAACGAUAUUGUGUUCAAAUUGGCAUACUUUGAGAGAAAUUACGUGUUCAUGACGCAUAAACAGCUCGUCUCUGAGGCGAGCACUCAUUACGCGGGCCAAGCAAUUAAGCAGGCCUAUGUACUCGUGCUGGGACUCGAUGUGAUCGGUAAUCCAUAUGGACUUGUGAUCGGAACUAUGAAGGGUAUCGAAGAUCUGUUCUAUGAACCCUUCCAAGGAGCCAUACAGGGUCCAGGAGAGUUUGCCGAGGGUCUAUUCCUCGGAGUGCGCAGCAUGUUGGGCCAUACUGUCGGCGGAAUGGCGGGCGCUGUAUCGAAGAUUACGGGAGCGAUGGGCAAAGGUAUAGCUGCUCUAACCUUUGACAAAGAUUAUCAACGAAAGAGACAAGAACAGCUCAAUAAACAGCCCGCCAAUUUACAAGAAGGUCUUGCACGAAGCGGAAAGGGUUUAGUAAUGGGUGUAGUCGAUGGUGUGACUGGUGUUGUAAUGAAACCUUUAUCAGGAGCGAAAGAGGAAGGAGUGGAAGGAUUCUUCAAAGGGUUUGGAAAGGGUGUUGUUGGACUUGUCACUAGGCCUACUGCUGGUGUUAUUGAUUUUGCAAGUGGUUCCUUUGGAGCAGUUAGACGAGCUACUGAAUUAAAUGAGGAAACAAAGAGAGUACGAUCGCCCAGAUUUCUGCAACCAGACAGUCUCGUUAGGCCAUACAUAAAAGAUGAAGCCGAAGGCAACAAAAUAUUGCUAGAACUAGAAAAGGGGAAAUAUGCGCAUACAGAUGUUUAUGUCUAUCACGUAUUCAUCAAUAAAGACGUGCUUUUAUUCACCGACAAAAGAUUAUCGUACCUUGAACGUAGUGAUUUGUUCGGUGGCUGGAGGAUUGAUUGGAGUCACACUUGGAACGAAUUUAGUGAAUCGGCAAAAGUCGUAGAGAAAGGUGUACAGAUUUUUAUUAAGGAUAUUAGUAAGAAAAAGAAACUCGGCCUAUUCGGCAGUACAUCUCAAUCAAAAAUACUUUUAAUAUCAGAUUUUAAUAUUAAACAGUUAUUGUGCAGUAAAAUACAAGAACAAAUUAAUCAAUCUAGAGCAUAACGCAAUGAUGCGUAAAUGUGAAAGAUAAACAUUCGAGCAAUUUCGAGUUAUAUCAGAAAAGAAAACAAGCGAAUGAAAAGGCAAAUUAAGCUUCUUUACUUCCGGAAUGCUUCGCGAACGCAAAUUCGCACAGUUUUUAUGCACGUUUUCUACAGACUAUUCUAUUUAUAAGACUGAUACUGCGUGAUCGCAAUAAUCAGAUAAAAGGACGUUACUUAUAUAGUGAAAGAAUGAAGAAAUUGAAAGAACGUAAACAAAGACGUAAGAAUAUAAAGGUACCAAAAAACUGAAAAGACAUACGGGAUAUACUUUUUUACUUUACUUACCACGCAGUUGUUCAGAACUUUUAUGUUGUCGGUAUUAUUAUCGAGCGAACAACGUUAGAUUGGCACAAAAGAUUUGUCACAAUCUAUCAAAUAAAACUGAGAA